UUUUGAAGGCAACAGAUCCUCCGCUAAGCUAGUGGGCUGCAAAAACACCUUCAUCUCUCAGAGAAAGGACGGUGUCGUUAAACUCAUCUUGGAUUUGCCUCUAAACGGCAGAAAAAUGCUCCACCCGCAGAGAUCCCUGUCCGAGCUGCCGAAGAUGUCCGCUGCCAGUCAGGUGGAAAGAGCCGUGCUGGAGGAGGAGUUUAACUGGCUGCUGAAAGAAGAAGUGCAUGCUGUCCUGAAGCAGCUCCAAGAGAUUCUCAAGGAAGCGUCCAGACGUUUCUCCAUGCCCACACCAGGCCUGGAAAGUCAGCUCAAGCAAGAAAACUUCAUCCUUGGCAGCUCAACCAUGGAUCAGGUGAAAGGGGUGCUGACGCUGCAGGGAGAGGCUCUGACUCAGGCUGACAUAAACCUGAAGGUUGCCAAGAGCAGCCAAGUCCUGCAUUUUCAGUUCAGAGAAGACAAACAGUGGAAACUGCAGCAGAUCCAGGAUGCCAGGAACCAUGUAAACCAAGCUCUGCUGCUUCUAAGUAGCCGUGAUGAGACGUACCAGUUCAAGACAGGGGCUGAGGUUAACAAGCUCAUGGACGCAGUGAUGUUACAGCUGACACGAGCACGGAACCGCCUUACCACCCCUGCAUCCCUGACUCUUCCAGAACUUGCAACCAGUGGACUGAUGAAAAUGUUCACUCCCCCUAUGCCUGGUGAUGUGAUGGUGAACUUUUACAUCAAUUUAAGCAAGCUGUGUCUGACGGUCUACCAGCUGCAUGUGCUGCCUCCCAACACCACCAAGAACUUCAAGCCAACAGGAAGCUCAGUGUUGCACAACCCUGGAGCGAUGUUUGAGCUCAACAACAACCGCUUUGAGGUGAGCCAUGUUCACAAAGUGGAGUGCGUGGUGCCAUGGCUCAGCGACACGCUGGUGUUCUUCACCAUCUCCCUGCAGCUAUGUCAGCAACUCAAGGACAAGAUCUCCGUCUUCUCCAGUUUCUGGAACUACAGGCCAUUUUAAUCCAGUCCAUCUCCAGAAACUGACCUUAACCAAACUAACCAAUCAAGUGUAAGGGAAAUGCUGGAAAGCUUUUAUUUUUGUAUGUAUUUAUCAUGCAUUCAAUCAGCCUGAAGUGUUGCACGAUAAGCUGACACCAUCAAAUAUCCAUAUUUGCCAUUUGCGUUUGUGUUAGGCCAGCUGACUGACAUUUCUUUGAUAUGUGUGUUACUUGCAACAGUUGGUAUCAACUUGAACCUCUCAAUGAAUGAAUGCGAUUGUUAUUUAAAUUCUUUAACUUAAACCUGUGUGUUCCUGAUUAUUGUCCCAGGAAGGCACUCAUCAUGGGGGAACACUAAUUUUUGCACUCAGGAUGGAAAGACUAAGCAUCAUCACAGUGGGUGUUUUUAUUCCUGGAAGACUGAAUUUGCUCAGAUCAGUUUCAGAUCGUUCUCGUUGCUGUUAUUCCUCUUUCCAAGACUUCAAAAGUGCUUGUUAUUUCACACGUUACGCUCACUAUUCCAACAGGGUUAGCUUUGUUCAGCUCCUAAAGGUGGCUGGUUAAUCUGGUCUGGAAGGUCAACUACCGAAACAGAGAAAUCAGCUGGUGACCAACACUGGCCAAUUGUUUAUUUUCAUUAUUUAGUUUGACAAGCCUGACUGGUGAUCAUCGAGUUGAAAUGUAUAAAAUUAGAUAUAUAUUUUUUAAACAAGCCAUUUAAAGAAAUAGUUUGAAUUUUGAAAGGGAGUUGUGGGGAUAAAGUUCCCUCACCUGUAGUAAUAAAAGGGGGCCUCAUUCAUAUCAGAGUGAAUUUGUUAGAACAUCAUAUAACUCCUUAGAGUGAUGAAAGCUAACAGCUAGUCAGACAUGCAUUGCCUGUUUUAUCUGUAUUUACCAAUGUAACUCAAACGGGAAAUGUUCUUUACAGCAGGAUCUACUGUUAGUAGAUAUUAUCAGUUUCACCAUAGGCUGCUACGUUUAUGGCUGUUUUUUUUCCAGCCAAGCAAUGUCAGUGUUGCUGUGAGAGGUUGGGUUGAUUGAGGCUGGAAGAAUCCACCAGCUCUGCGGUAAUUCAUCAGUCUUCUUUAGCCCUGCCAACAACAGAGUUAACAUUUGGAUCUUGUGGGAAUUGUGCACCAGCAUCAAAUGUUGUAUUCUCCUGUAAUUUCCAACUUUUCUAUUUGUUUGAAAUUGGUUCUUAGACUGAUAAUCAGCUUGAAUGGCCAAAUCAGUCAAUUGAUACAGCAACCUUCAGUCUGACUAAGGUGUUGGUCUUCCAUAACCUGAGAGGUUAUACUAGUUUACCAACAAGCUCAUAGUUUACUGGCAUCUGUCCACCACAUGUAAGGGAACUAUUACAGGUAACUUACACAGAAGCUCACAUCAAAAACUUUAACCUAAGCCUUUGAGAGCUACGAUUUUCCACUGACAACAGCUCUCUCCAGUGUGGAGGCUUUGGGUUUAAAAAGAGGACAGAAGAAUAGAACAUAUAAUAAGUUAGUUAUUAUCCUACCAAAGGCAAAUUGUCAGUUCGUUCAGGCUGUCACCACUAAGAGCUGGACUUUGGCGAGUGCUGGUCAUUAUGCUUCUUUCCUACCUUGUAGUCUUGCUGUUUUGGUUGUUUUAUACCCAGUAACUUUAGGAUUAGACUGGAGCUGUCCGCCACAGGACAGGUUUUGUACAUAUCUUGUCUAAUUGGUGUAGGGUGCAGUUAAUCUGGAGCAGAUUAAGUAGGUGCCUGGAAUUACAGCAGUUAGAAAGUACUGAAAUUUAAAGUUUGUAAUGCUAGCCUCUUUAAUCAAGUUAAUUGAUAAUUUGGCUGGAAAGUGACAGCUGGAAAAACGAGGAUGCCUCCUGCAGGCAGAGUUCCAGGUGGGAAAAUCAGAAAUUGCUGCACGGUCCUAGUUUUCUAUCCUCUGUGGCUGCCAGUAUAAACAAUUUCUGAGCACUUUUGGUGGUUUGCUUUAAAAUGAUGUUUGUAAACAUUUUCCUUUUGUGUUUGAAUCCAUAAAAUGGGAAGAAAACUAAUUAAUUUAGUUUGUUCUAAUAGUAGGCUAGCACCCACCCAGAAAUGACAAAUUCGACUUUUUCCAACUUCAAACUAAAAUGCUCUCAGCUCACGCCUGACGUCAUUCCCAGUUCUGACGUCAGACUUCCAAAGCAACUCAGACGCAGCAUGGGAGGCUAAAGAAAGCACAGAAUGUGAAGUCGGUAUUUAUUUGGUCUUUGUUUUCAAAUGUUAGCUAAGCCCUGUUUUAAAGCAACAGCGCUCUCAUUCACGGCAUGACACCAUAUCUGCCCCAGUAUAAAUAAUAAAUGACCAAUCACAGGAAGCGCUGUGGACUGUAGUUUUUCAGAUAUUGGCUGAAAUUGAUAUCAGCUGUCCAGAACUAUACAAACAUUGGAAAAUGGAAAAUAAAUCUGGUGCAUCUCUAUUUGAAGCCUCUUUAUAACCUUUGAAGUCAGUUUUUUUUCAUACAUUGCUGCUUUAUUAUAACACAAAAAUAAGCUAAAAUGCAUGCCAUGAUCAACACGUGACUUGUAAAUCAUUUAUUCAUUAAUGAAAAGAUGUUUAUUCCUUUGACAGCUAGCUGGUCAUUGCCCCCCCCACUAGCAUACGAGAGGUAGAAGUUCUCUCCACAGCGUUCUGUGUCUGCACACGGUGCUCAGCAUCGCUGACUGAAGGAGGCCAAGCCCCCUGUGUCUGUUGGAGCUGCAGUACACGUCUCCUCUGCUGAUAUUGAGACAGUGGGUUAAUGAUCAGGCAGUGAUGAGACUAAGGCAGUAUCUGUUGAGUGGGGUCAGGGGUGCUUACCUGAUUUUAUGUGACUUGCUUGUUAGGAAAAGGAAGGAAAUCCCAGCUGUGAGGGACUGAAUUUAGUACUUUUAGAAAAACGUUCCUGCUGUGAUCAGAUGUUUCCAUUCCUUUUCCUGAGUAGAAAGGAGUCUUCUGUUUGUGACCCAGCUCUUGAGUCAACCUCCUUCAAAAUCCUUUGCUUAUCAUAUCGCAGGAAAAACCAGCUGGUAUUCUGGUCCAUGCUGAAAUCAUUUACAUCAACUUACAAGGCUUAUCUUCAGGCAGUUAAUUGUUAUACAGUGCUAACUCCAAAAAGUGUCCAUUAACCAGGCAGAAUCAGGAUUUUUUCUUGGUUCUGCAGCAACAGCAGGAGGUAAAGUCUGGAGCAGUUUUAUUCCAUUGUGUAUCGUUUCCUGUUCCAGGAAAAUGACAGCUUUGCACACAUUCCCUGUAUUUAACCCACUUCUAAGCUAUUUGUGUAAUUUGUUUCAGUUUUUCUGCUCCAUGUGUUGGAUUUCUCAUGUGGUUAAUCUGUGGAACAUUAAUCUGAUCAUGAACAAAUGGCUUCAAAGCUCUAAGUGUUACUCUGUUAUGAGAAGCUGUUUGUAAUAUGUGGAAAUGAUUUCUCUGUGCAAUAAACUCCAAAUGAACCCAUUUCUAUU